AUGAACUUUAACCCAGAUCUGUCAGAAUUCCCACAAAACUUACCAAACAAUUCCUCAGUUCCAGCUUUUAGUUAUCCUGAGGACAUUUGGCUAAAUUGGCCUGCCAUUGCUUCAAUUGGCAUUUCACCCAAUUUAUGUGAGAUUAAUGAUAAUGCCAAGUCCAAGGAGUCGCCAAGCACCAAAAAUAAUAACAAUGUUAAGAAAAAAAGAGGUAGGAAGCCUCUGAGGCCUUUUGACCCUAUUAAGAAAAAAACAGAAGAAAAAGAUAAAUACUGGCUUAGAUCUUUUAGGAGCUAUAUGAAGUUUCAUUAUCCUCAGAUAGAAAACUCUCUUACAGAAGAAGACAAAGAAUUUUGGCUCUUUUAUUUAGGCUCGAAAGGCAAGCCUGACAAAGGAGGCAAAUUCUUGUCAUAUGGGAAAAAAUAUUCAUUUUAUAAGUUAUUUGAAUAAAAUAGAAAUAAAAUAUUUAUAAGGCGAGUUUAGAGGAAAUAGCAUACAAAGAUUUCUUGUUUUCUCAUCAGAAUUUUAUAAAAGAGUAUAGGCAGUGGUUCGCUGAGUGCGGACAGGCUGAGCUUAAUAAGAAAUGUGAGGUAGGAAGCGACUUGUGGUUUGUUUACUACGAUUAUGCUUCGAAAGAGCUGUUGAAUUAUACUGUGGAAGAGAAAAAAGAGUCCAUUGAGCCAAACCAGGGUUUUGAAGAUGAAAAAGGUGAUGUCCCAGUUUUAAAUAUGGAGCAAUUAAUGAACCUUUAUAUGAUGUCAGUUUGGAUGCAGGUGAAUUCUUACUCACCCUCAAUUAACGAACAAAAACAUCGGAAAAAAUCUAUUUUUUGCCUAAAAACUCGCCUUCCGUGAGCAAACAAAAUAGAAAAUUUUUUUUAUGAAAAAGAUUAAUAUAUAUAAGUGUUAAUUAGUAGAAAUCUUUAGCUAAUUCGUUUAAAACAAAAUAAAUAAAUAUUUUCUUUCGUUUUUUUUUUUUUAAUUUCGAAAAAAAAAAUUACUAUAGGAUUUAUAAAUAAAUUUUUUAAAAAAAAUUAGCACCCCUCCAUGAGUUAACAAAAUUUUUUUGUUCGCUCACGAUAGGGAGUUAG